AUCCUCGCACCAAUGCUGUCUCUCUCUCUCUCUCUCUCUCUCUCACACACACACACAAACACAAACAGAGAUCAAUGGCGUCGACGAAACGCGAACCACCGGUAAAUGACUCAGUCGAGCCCGAAACGAAGAAGGCGAAGAACGUAUCCGACACCGCGGAGUCUUCCGCGCAACCGAAAUCCCACCCUCGUGUGGUGCUCAACCCUGCCGACUGCGAUUUAGAUUUUAAUAUUGAGGCCUCUGGCCUGGAAGGUUCUGGACUUCAUGAGCAAGGAUUCGCUUAUUGUUGGACUGGUGCUCGUGCCAAUGUGGGGAUUACUGGGGGCAAGUAUUGUUUCGGUUUCAAAAUCAUCUCAACUCAGCCAGUUGAUAUGGUAGACACAUCCCUUGAUCAGCAGCAUGUGUGCCGCCUAGGAAUCUCUAGAGGAGAUGAUAAGGUUGGAAACCUUGGGGAGACUGAGAACAGCUUUGGGUUUGGUGGCACCGGAAAAUUUUCUAAUGCAGGGAAGUUCUCAAAUUAUGGUGAAAAAUUUGGGGUUGGUGAUACAAUUGUUUGCGCUGUUAAUUUGGAAAACAAGCCAUCGCCUUUCAUAGGUUUCUCUAAGAACAGGAAAUGGUUGGGUACUGCAAGGUAUUUCAAUGCGGGAUCAAAUGGUCUAGGAAUAGUGGAUUCUCCAAUUAGAGAGCUACAGUGGGAAUCAGCACUUUUUCCGCAUGUAUUGUUGAAAAAUGUAGUGGUAGUGGCGCAGUUCAGUCUUGAUGAUGGACUUGUUCCUGAGGAAGGCUACAAACCUUGGGCUUCUGCUCUCGAGGAUGGAAAUGGGAUUAUGGGGCCCAUUUUCCAAAACCCAAGGGAUUGUGAAGUGAUGAUGAUGGUGGGUUUACCUGCUUCUGGCAAGUCUACGUGGGCAGAGAAAUGGGUGAAGGAGCACCCUGAAAAGCGAUAUGUUUUGCUUGGGACAAACCUAGCUCUGGACCAAAUGAAGGUGCCUGGACUGCUGCGCAAGAAUAAUUAUGGUGAAAGAUUUGAUCUACUGAUGGAUCGUGCGACUGGGAUAUUUAAUACCCUACUGUCCAGGGCUGCUAAGACUCCUUGCAAUUACAUUCUUGAUCAAACAAAUGUGUACAAGAGUGCUCGGAAACGUAAACUGAAGCCUUUUGCAGACUACCAAAAGAUUGCUGUUGUGGUUUUCCCGGAACCAGAAGAGCUCAAGGCUCGUGCUGUUAAAAGAUUCAAAGAAAUGGGGAAAGAGGUUCCGGCAGAGGCUGUGAAUGAAAUGUUAGCUAAUUAUGUUUUGCCUACAAGCAAGGACAUGCCUCGCGCAGAUGAGUUUUUUGAUCAGGUUAUCUUUACGGAACUGAACAGAGGAGAGACACAGAAAUGUUUGGACGAGAUGAAGCGUGCCCUAGCAUCUGGUGCAAAGAGUGUUUCACCUUAUUCUCGGGAAAGUUCUGUUCAGUCCCAUAACAGCUCUGCAAUGCAAAAUCCUGGAACUUAUCCAGGGUAUUCCCCUUGUGGUCCUGUUAGCAGCGGAUAUCAGCAAAGUUCAUAUUCAACUCAACCUCAACUGAAUUAUGACAAUCAAGUGAAUUCUGCAUAUCAUCGUAGUGGGCUUUCCAGAGUAAUGGAUUCUACACCUCUUGUUAAUCAAGGCUAUCAAACUCCUCCUGUGCUGAAUGCUCCUUAUCAGAGUUGCGACGGGUAUGAAAGCAGAGUAGCGAAUCCUGGGCUUGGUACUGACCCUUACCAGACUUAUGGUGUGGGUGGACCCUACCACCAUCCAAAUAUUGAAAGAAGGAAUUUGAUUCCUGGUGGUGGAACUAGCCCUUACCAGAGUGGCAUGGUUGAACCCUAUCCAAGGCCUUUGUUCAGCACAUAUGGUGAACAUACUGGCUUCCCAGGGCUGGGCAUUUCCCAAGGUAAUCUGCAAGCUUCACAAUCAACAUUCGUGCCCAGUCCUUCCCCAGCAUACGGUAGGUUCACCUUAUGGAACUCCAGUUCCAAGGCCUCCAUAUGCAAAUCUUCCUUAUGUUAUGCAGCAGCCCCAUGGAUAUGCCCUACCUCGUCCUGGGUACAACUGACUGCCCAGACGCCGGAUAAUUGAAGCAUCAAAGUUCACAUUUAUGCAUAGGGAAAAGGAGAAAGCUAUAAGUAUCGCAGGAGUUGACGGAUAGAACUAUAUAUGAUCAUAAUAGAUUGGUAAAAAACUAACUGAAA